CUCGCCGUCGCCCUCGGAGCCUUCCUCACCCUCAGCCUCACCCUGGGGCUGCUGGGGGGGCCCUUCCGACAAAGGUGAGACCCCGGAAUUCGCCGUCGCGAUCCCCGCAGCCCGUCCCCCGCGGCCGCCCCGCCGUGCCGGCCCCUGUCGCACAUCGUGUUCCUCAAGACGCACAAGACGGGCGGCAGCAGCCUGGUGAACGUCCUGUCGCGAUACGGGGAGUCGCGACGGCUGCGCUUCGCCCUCCCCCACCGUUACCAGUUCGGGUACCCGUCCCCCUUCCGGGCCGAGCGCGUGCGAGGCUUCGCGCCCGGGGCCCGCUUCGACAUCCUGUGCCACCACAUGCGCUUCGAGGUGCGGCGGGUGAUGCCCAACGACUCCUUCUACUUCUCCAUCGUGCGCGACCCCGGCACGCUCGGCGAAUCCGCCUUCUCGUACUUCCGCGCCGCCGCUCCCGCCUUCCGCCGCUCGCCGUCCCUCGACGCCUUCCUGGCCUCCCCUUCGCGUUUCUUCCGCGCGGGGCUCCGCGGGAAUCACUACGCCCGGAACCUGCAGUGGUUCGACUUCGGCCUGCCGGAGCCGGCGCGUUCCGAGGAGAUCCCGGCGAUGCUGGCGGAGCUGGAGCGCCGCUUCCCGCUGGUGCUGCUGGCCGAGAGCUUCGACGAGUCGCUGGUGCUGCUGCGGCACCGCCUGUGCUGGCCCGACGGCUCCGUGGAUCUCUUCCCGCACAACUCCCGCGGGUCCUCCCGGGAUCUGUCGCCCUCUCAGAUCCGGCGGCUGCGGGAUUGGAAUUCCUUGGAUUGGGCGCUCUACUCCCACUUCAACCGCAGCUUCUGGCGCCACGCCGAAAGCUUCGGGAUGGAGCGGCUCCGCCGCGAGGUCGCCGAAAUCCGGCGGCGCCGGAGGGUUCUGCAGGAGAAGUGUUUGGUGGGAGGGGGUCCGGUGCCCGCCCGCGAGAUUCCCGACGGGAAUCUCCGGCCUUUCCAACCGCCGGGAGGAGGGAAAAUCCUGGGAUUCGCGCUCAAGGAGGGGCUGGCGGCGGAGGAGCGGGAAUUGUGCGGCCGCCUGGCGAUGCCGGAGCUGCCCUACAAGGAUCUGCUGGAGCGGCGGCAGUUCGGCAACGGGAGCGGAGCCGCCCGCUGA